CGCUGGAGAACAACCAAAAUGGCUGCCUCCUUCCAAUAGAUGGUCGGGCAGUUGGCUGGCUGUCUGUCAACGAAAACUGGAGUCAAAAAUGCCUUUUUCGUUUAAUUUCGAAGUUCCGGGGGCCGAUGAUGAGCCACGAGUUGAACACAAACAUCCGACAAACGAGCAACAUGCUGUUGUUAAACGUAUUGCACCUUUCGAAGAGGUGAAACCAAGAUUGGAGCACGAGCACGUUCACGAGUCCUUAGAGAAAACCGUUCUGGAUCUGACGAGCAUGAAAGUCGAGUUUCUAGUCGGCGGUCAAAUGGAACAACUUCUAAAAGGUGACUUAAAGGAGGCAGCCGACGAAAACUUGGACCUCGUCCCGAGCGUUUACGAAGGAGGUAUGAAGAUCUGGGAAUGUUCAAUUGACCUGGCGGAGUACGUUGAGAGCUCCCUCACCAUCGAUGAAGAUACAAGAAUUCUCGAGCUGGGAUGCGGUGCUGGGCUUCCGGGGCACGUCGGCGGGAUGAGAGGUGCCACGGUCCAUUUUCAAGACUACAACAAACAGGUGCUCGACCUGGUGACCAUCCCCAAUGCCUUUGCGAACAUCGGUUCUGAGGUCUACAGGCGGUGUCGUUUCUUGGCCGGCGACUGGUCAGUCCUGCUUGAACACCUCAAAGAGCAGUGCUACGACUUCAUCCUGACGAGUGAAACUAUCUACAGCAGUGCAACUUACCAGGAUCUCAUAGAGAUUUUCAAAAAGUCCCUGAAGCCACAUGGCCUCAUUCUUGUUGCUGCAAAGACAUGCUACUUUGGAGUUGGGGGAGGAACCAGACAGUUUGAAGAGACUGUUGCCAGUGAUGGAACCUUCAAGUCCCGAGUCGUGUUUGUCACAGACACUGGAGUACAAAGGGAAAUUUUGGAGCUGCGAAGGAAGUCGGUCGAUGCUUCCUACUAAGAAAAUAAAGCUUGUAUAGUUGGUUUGUUUUUAAUAAUAA